CUUUUGUCUCCUACCAUAGACUCGCUAUAGACCACGCCUCUCAUCCUCGCACAUACCACGGCGAAACAUGACGACACCAGCAGGCGCUGAUCCUGCCUUCGAUGCAGGCGCGGUCCCUCCUACAGCAGCACCCUCUGACCGCAACAAGUUCUCCACUCUGCCGGAUAUCGACCUCUCAUCAGUCGACGUAUACGAGACUGCCUCUUCUCCCGAGCUCAAGCCUACGAAGCACACGUCCACUGGUCUGGGCGGCAGACGUGGUGGACGCUCUUACGAAGACGACGAUGACGAAGACGACGAUGAUGAUGAGGAUGAGGAAGGCGAGGGGGAGCCGGGUUCGAGCACUAGGAGGCGUAAUCGUCGCCAGGAUGGCGCAGCCAAUGACGAGGAUGCCGCUCGUGCCUCAAUAGAACGAACUGCUCUUGACACUCAAGAGGCCAGGCAGCGCUUUCAGGGUAGCACAGAGGUCCGCAGGCAACAACCUGGCCCCUCUGCAGCAAGGCGCAGGCGCCAGCAACUUCGUCGACCGCACGACGAUUACUUUGAGUCGGACAUAUACGAGAUUGAGGCACGAAAUGGUACAGGAUCUAGUAAGGCAGUGAAAGAGACACCGCUCGCUAGGCUGAGGAGACUCAAGGUUGAGGCAGCUGAACUGGAAGAGGAGCUCAAUCAGCAGGCCGCUACUGGUUCGUCAGGCGUGGCAGGGGUCCAGGAUGGGCAAGCCAGCGCGGAGGGAGAGGCAAAGGCUCGUCGAGGCCCCAACGAGCCAUCGCCGCAAGCUAUGCUUGAUCACUUGCGAUCGCUCAGGGGCGGGCUGGAUGCAAUGAAUGCAGAAAGGGCAGAGACGCCUACUGCGGGCUCACUACAGCAGGCACGCUCCCUCCUCUCAUCACUUGAGCAGCAGCAACAGGGCGUCAAAGACGGCAGCGCACCACCGGGACAAUCACAGGCUUCGACAAUCGCGCCAUCAAGCUCCACGAGCGCCUCUCCUGCCCACCUCUCCACCCUGGAGACGCGUCUCAACCACCUGGAGUCGCUCAUCGGCAGCAACCAAGGCGUCCUUGAGGAAACCCAAUCACUUGCGCGCCCCUUACUCCCAACACUAGCACGGCUGGAGCACUUGGCCACCCUGCUCACACAGCCACGACACUUGGACGCCAUCUCAAAGAGGGUCAAACUGCUCGUCGCUGAGCUCGACCGCGUCUAUGAGGCGAGGAGAAAGCUGGCAGGACAGAUGCAAGCGACUGCUAGCGGUGACAAGGCAACUACAAGCGACGUCGCUGCUACGGCAGGAGCGGCUACCACGUCAGGCCCGUUGGACCCCAUCUCCCUGUCCAAACUGCAGGACCUCUUCUCCCUCUCCACCCGGCUGCAACCACUCCUCCCUCUCGCCCCAUCUCUCCUCGCUCGGCUUGAGUCCCUCUCCACCUUGCAUAGUGCCGCAGCGCAUUUUGCUGCUGAUUUGGAUGGGUUGCAGCGCGACCAGGCUGAGAUGGGGGAAAGGCUGGGAGGGGUGGGUAAGGGAGUUGACGAGGUCAGGGAGAGUGUCAAGGUCAAUGCUGAGCUUGCGAGGAAGAAUUUGGAGGGGGUGAUGAGGAGGAUGGAGGCGCUUGAGGGGAGGGUGAGGGCAUUGAAUGGGGAAAAGGCCUGAAGGUGCUGCCGGCGACUGGGCGCGGAUUGCCUGCCUGCAUUGCUGCACGAGACGCCCGACAGUCGUUGAGACAAUGCUCACUCUGCCAUAGCCAGCCAAGGUCACGCGUCUGCUCCCUGUCAGUCCCAUCCUUUGAAGGCGCUUCAUUAAGCCACGUCUGAGUCAAUCUAUUUUACACCCUCC